AGUGUCGUGGCCAGUCGUGGCAUGCCGCUUACCCCGCCUGGUUCUCAUUGGCUGCGUCAAAGUAUUGUUUAUGACGUUUCGUUCUGAACUGUUAUUGAUGGUCUUGUGCUUGUUUUUUCGUCGUGAUGAUGGUAAUGAUUGAGGAGCAUUGCGAGGUCUUAACAAGUUUAAUGAGUCGCCGGUGGAUUCUCGUGAAUGCACGUUUUUAGUUGCACUCAUGACAACAGUAACAUAUAGAAUGAGUGAAGAUGUACAAGAAAGAGCAAGUUUCGCAGCCCGCGAUGUGCCUACUUACGGCGCCGUGGUUGACCCGACUGCUGACGAUCUGGUGCCACUGUUGGAGGACAUGGACCCAAAGGGAGGAGUCAGCACACAGAUUCUUAUGGCACAAGAAGACCAACUUCCGAAAGCUGCAAAAUUGCCGCAGUAUGUUGCUGCUGUGUCAGUUACGUUGGGUGGAUUCGCACUGGGCAAUGUCCUCUCAUGGACGUCACCAACACAAGGAGUUCUUGAAGACAAACUCGGCACGAAUUCCUGGGCAUGGGUCGGUGCCUUAAUGGCUCUCGGAGCUGCUGUUGCAGUUCUUCCAGUAGGGUACCUGAUUGACAAAAUUGGACGUAAAUACACAAUGUUGGGACUGGUUCUGCCAUUCACAGCUGGAUGGGCACUCAUAGCAUGGGCUGACGACUCAGCAGCAAUGUACAUGGUGGGGCGGUUCAUCACAGGCAUGAUGGGUGGAGCGUUCAGCCUCACAGCCCCUGCAUACACAAGUGAGAUCUCGGAGAAGGAGAUACGUGGCAGACUGGGAAGCUACUUCCAGCUGAUGUUGACAAUUGGCAUCCUGUUUGUGUAUGGACUUGGCAGUGUGCUGACAGUAUUUGAGCUCUCUGUGGUUUGUGGAGUUGUGCCGCUUGUGUUUGGAGUGGUAUUCCUGUUCAUGCCAGAGACACCUCUGUACUACUUGCAGCAAGGGCAGAAGGACCGUGCAGAAGCCUCCCUGAAGUGGUUCAGAGGACGGAACUAUGCCGUGGAGUCUGAACUUCAGGAGAUACAGACAUCAGUUGAUGAAGUCGCUGCCCAGAAGCUGUCCAUCACAGAAGCAUUCAGAACAACAGAAGCCAAAAGGGGGCUUAUGAUUGCAUUUGGUCUCAUGAUCUUCCAGCAGCUUAGUGGGGUGAAUGCUGUCAUCUUCUAUGCUACAGACAUUUUUAAAAGCGCUGGGAGUACACUUGAACCAUCUACAGCAACAAUAAUUGUGGGUGUGAUCCAGGCGGUUGCCACGUUCAUCUCAACUCUUGUUGUUGACCUCCUUGGGCGCCGAAAACUUCUUCUGCUCUCAGACUUUGUCAUGGCCAUCUGCACUCUGCUUCUUGGGAUCUAUUUCUACCUGAGGAAUGAAACAGAUUUUGAUGAUAGCAACCUUGGCUGGUUGCCUCUCACUAGCGUGUGCUUAUUUAUUGUUGUGUUCUCGCUUGGUUAUGGCCCAAUCCCCUGGAUGAUGGUGGGUGAACUGUUUGCUCCUCAGAUCAAAGGGUUUGCAAGUUCUUUCUCUUGUGUUCUGAACUGGAUUCUGGCAUUUGUUGUAACAAGGUUUUACUCAGAUUUAGCCCUCUCGUUUGGCACACACACAACAUUCUGGAUAUUUGCUGUUAUAUCAGCUAUCGGGACAGCAUUUGUUUUCUUCUUUGUCCCAGAAACUAAAAGCAAGACACUGGACCAGAUCCAGAAGGAACUGGGUGGGUCUGCACCAGCCCCUUCAGUUGCAACUGCAGACAUUCCAAAGUGUUGAGUUCAGUACCUGCAAGCUCAAGCUCAGAUUCAAACCAAAGAAUUACAUUGUUGUGGUCAAAGCAGUAUGGAAUGUGGUAUAAAUUGGGAAGCAUAUUUGCAUGCACAAGAGUGCUCAGCACAUUGUGCCUCAUUUCAUGCACAGUAUAGACAGUGUCACGUAACUUCGAACAAGGCCCUGCAUUCCUAGUCAAAUCCCGCGCGUAGCUUGUAGUGGGAGGAGUUUCUUAACACUCUUUCUUCCACUUUCAACGACCCCUCUCACACCCUCAAACCCACCCCCUUGUCUGAAAUUUUUCUUCUGUGCAUUCAAGGCUACUCUUGGCCUUGUUUGAAGCUAUGUGACACUAUAGAAGCAGUAGACUGAACUGCUGAAUCAUUUGCCAGUGUUCAGUUUCUCAGCUCAGGCGUGGCAUGUGUCGACUGAAGAGUGUAAUUGCUUCUGUAACAAAUUAAUGGGCAGUUCACUCAGCUUUUCUAUGAAAUACUAUUCAUGGCCAUAUCCAUUUCAGUUAUGGACUUGAUUUUCACAUUAGCUAUAUAAAUUCUGAGCACAUAAAGCAUAAUGCCAUGGGGGAUGUUCAGGAAGUAAGGUUCCCUACCAAGCGCUUUGUUUUUUGGUAGGUGGUAGCAUUUAGUAAGGCUGGGAGGUCACCAGUUCCACAAUGAUGAAGAUGAGUGAAUGUGUGUUGCUGAAUGGUUGCAGAUGCAAGAGCGUGAUUUCUACUGUGAUGGAAUGUUUAAACUUGUGCCAAGCUGGGACAUAUGCAUCGUUUUGUACAGGGAUUGAGUGGCAUAAGUGAGCUGCAUCUAAUGUUAUGAUGAACCCUCAUUUAGUUUGUAUGUCCUAAGGAACCUUAAUUAUUGAACAACCUUCAUAUUAUCCUAAUACCUGUUGUUCAGCACUGCAUAACCUGAUGCAAAUUUGUUCAUAAUGGUACCUGUAAGUGUAGCUUACAGGCUACAGUGUAGCCAGACUGAGUACAGAAACUUGUGUCUCACCACACCACACCAUGCUACAUUCCACUAUUGUGAAGCAUUUUAGGAUUCUGAGUUUUUAAUGUUAAUAAUAAGUGUUUUUAUUGUUAUUUAUAUUAUGGAAGUGAUGUUAUGCAAUUGAGUACUUACCUGUAUUAAUAAAUGGAAAAUUUGCAAGUAAUGUUGAAGCCUGCUGAGUUUCAGGAUGGGAUGUGGGGGAAUGAUGCUGUCGGUAGUUUCACUGUAUACUAAUGAAUGGAUGGAUUAUGGAUGAAUGAUAAAAUUGAAAAUGUUUUUGAAGCAAUCAUGGCCUAAUUGAAGAAGUUUCUCUGCAUUUAUCUUGAGGGACUGAGGCAAACCAAUGAAACAUAAUAGUUCUUGUCCCAGCUGAGAACUGAACCAAGCAGCUCCUGAAUAUUACUCGAGAGUGUUACUGCUACACCAAACUGUUUAGUGAAAUGUGAUUACAUUUUUAUUAAUUUCUAUAUAUAUAUGAACAGCCUAGAAAACCUCUGUCCACUAAAGUUGGCACUAACUUCGCUGACAAGCGGCGUUCACUCAGUCCGUAUAGUUUGCUUGGAGACUAAAACCACGGAGUUUGUUUUUGUUGUUUGUAUAUACAUGUAUAUAUGAUCAGAAUUAGUUAGGGGACCAUGUGUGUGUGUGUCC